AGGGGCACGUUUGCUAUUUUGACUCAAUAGCCUUUAGAAUCCUAAUUACCAAAUGCCGCGCCAGGUUACUGCCGUCGUCGUCCUCGUAAAACUUGAGAACAAACAGUGAACCAAUCUUCUCCUUCCCCAUAACCCAAUGCUGAUUCCUCCUCCACUCACUCACUGAAAAUACUCACACCGAAAAAUCAGCUCAUUACAUUCUCUUUUCCACGCCAUGAAACUCCUCCAUUCUCCAAUCUUCCGUUCAUUUUCUUCAAAAACAUACAUUCCCUCCUCUCGGGGAAUGGGGAUAUCCAAUGAAGUCCUCAACAUCAUCGAAAAAGAAGAUCCAAUUGAACCAGCACUCGACGAUCUAGUUGAUUUCAUGUGUCCUAAUGUUGUAUCUUUUAUUCUUGAACAAAAACGAGAGAAUCGUGAGCUGAGUUUUCGAUUUUUCAUCUGGGCUGCUAAACGGAAUCGAUUUAUCAGCUGGGUUUCAGAGAAUAUGAUCGAGGAUAUGCUUUUAAGAGAUGGUGGUUUCGAUUUGUACUGGAGUGUUCUGGAUAAACUCAAGUUGUCGGGUAUAGAUAUUACUUCUCGCGCUUUUGGAACUUUGAUUUGGGGUUAUUGGAAGGUAAAUAAGGCGGAAAAGGCGGUUGAGGCUUUUGGGAGAAUGAAUGAUUUUGAUUGUAAGCCUAAUUUAUUUACUUACAAUAUGAUUCUUCAUAUUACGGUUCAAAAAGAUGCGAUUUUGUUAGCCUUAGCUGUGUAUAAUGUGAUGUUGAAGUUAAAUUCGAAUCCUAAUUGUUCCACUUUUAGCAUUUUGAUUGAUGGGUUGUGUAAGAGUGGGAAGACUCAGGAUGCUCUCAAACUGUUUGAUGAAAUGAGUGAAAGGGGUGUAUUGCCUAAUAAGAUUACGUAUACAGUUAUUUUAUCAGGGUUAUGUCAGGCUAAGAGGACUGACGAUGCACAUAGGCUGCUUAAUGUGAUGAAGAGUAGGGGAUGUAAGCCGGAUUUUGUUGCUUACAAUGCCUUGCUUAAUGGAUUUUGUAAACUAGGUAGGGUUGAUGAAGCAUAUACACUUCUGAGGUCUUUUGAAAGUGAAGGUUAUGUAGCAGAUAUAAAGGGAUUUACAUGUCUGGUUGAUGGUUUUGUUAGAACUAAGAGAAUUGAUGAAGCUCAAUCUGUCUUUAAAAAAUUGUUGGAGACUGAUGUCGUUCCCGAUGUUGUAUUGUACACAACUAUGAUUCGGGGUUUAUCUGGAGCAGGUAGAGUGAAAGAGGCGUUGAAUUUGUUAAGAGAUAUGACAGGGAGAGGUGUGCAACCGGACACUCAGUGUUAUAAUACUCUAAUCAAAGGAUUUUGUGAUAUGGACCUAUUAGACCAAGCUCAGUCACUUCAACUAGAAAUAUCAGAAAAUGAAUGCUUUCCAGAUACCUGUACGUACUCCAUUCUUAUUUGUGGUAUGUGCAGAAACGGCCUCGUAGAGGAGGCUAGGAAUAUUUUCAAUGAGAUGGAGAAUCUAGGAUGCUUUCCUUCCGUUGUAACUUUCAAUACUCUCAUUGAUGGACUUUGUAAGGCUGGUGAGCUUGAGGAGGCUCACCUAAUGUUUUACAAAAUGGAGAUAGGUAAAAAUCCUUCACUGUUUCUUCGUCUCUCUCAAGGUGCUGAUCGAGUCCUUGACAAUGUAAGCCUUCAAAAAAUGGUUGAGAAAUUAUGUGAAUCAGGUAAGAUUCUUAAAGCUUACAAGCUUCUUAUGCAGUUGGCUGAUUGUGGAGUUGUACCAAAUUUAGUUACAUAUAAUAUUUUGAUCAAUGGAUUAUGCAAAUCAGGAAAAAUUAAUGGUGCUUUUAAGCUUUUUCAAGAGCUUCAAGUCAAGGGGCAUUUACCUGAUUCGAUUACUUACGGGACACUUAUUGACGGUCUACAACGGGUUGACAGGGAAGAGGAAGCUUUUAAACUCCUUGAUCAAAUGAGCAAGAAUGGCUGCAUGCCGAGUGCAGAGGUUUACAAGUCCCUUAUGACUUGGUCUUGUAGGAGGGGACAGAUAUCUAUUGCGUUUAGCCUUUGGUUGAAGUAUUUGAGAAACCAAGCUGUUCGAGAUGACGAAGUAAUAGGGUUAAUUGAGAAACACUUAGAGAAAGGUGAACUGGAAAAAGUUGUUAGAGGAUUACUUGAGAUGGACCUAAAACUGGAAGACUUUGAUUCAUCACCUUACAACAUUUGGUUGAUUGGGAUGUGUCAGGAACGCAAGCCACGCGACGCUUUGAAGAUUUUUUCCUUACUUGAGGAGUUUAAUGUCAUGAUUUCAGCACCAAGUUGUGUCAUGUUGAUUCAUAGUCUUUGUGAGGAAGGAAACUUGGAUCAGGCAGUCGAGGUUUUCCUAUAUACCUUGGAGAGAGGUGUCCGCUUGAUGCCACGAAUUUGCAACAGAUUGCUUCAGUCCCUUCUCCGUUCUCAAGAUAAAGCACAGCAUGCUGUUGGUCUUUUGGAAAGAAUGAGGUCUGUGGGCUACAACUUAAAUGACUAUCUUCAUAGCGGUACAAGAUCUCUUUUUCGGCGAUGGAACAGGAGGGAAACAGAGCAUCUAUCACCUGGAUAAGGUUUCUUCUCAGUUUCACGGUGCACUGAUCUUGUUCAGCAUUUCUCUGGUAUUUCCAUAAGCUAAAGUAGUUCUAUCUAUAGAAAAUCCAAAUGAUCAUGAUCAAAGAGCAACGAAAGAGUACACAUCUGAGGGGAUCUUACUGGUAGAUCUUUCGUACACUAAUCAGUUGAAGCACUAAAAUUGAUACAUGCAAGUGAUAAAUGCGUUGAUUGUGGUGCUCCUGGACCAGAAUGGGCUUCUUUAUCUUGAAACUCUUGUAUGCAUUGAAUGUCACAAAUAACAAAGCUGAGACGGAGGAACUGAAGUGAGAGCAUCCAAAUGAGUUUUUCUUGGUUUAGCGAAUGCGCCAGGUAUGCAAUUCUGUUACAGGUCUGACUUAUUCACAAAAAGGGAAAUAGAUACAAGAUUACGGAAAGGGAAAUGGAUAUUGUUCAAUGAGUUUUCAAAUGGUUAUGUCACACAACCAGACAGCAGCGGAAUGUUGUAUUACUAUCGAAAACAAGAGAGUAACGGAGCAAAUGGACUGGAUAGAAAAAAUAACAGGAGUUAUUAGUUGGUUGCUAAGUUUCAAACACCUGAACGGCAUUUCUCUGGUAGUCCCACUAGCUAAAGUAGUUCUAUGGAAAAUCCUAGUGAUUAUGAUCAAAGAGCAAUGGAGGAGUACAUUGGGAGGUACUGGUAGACCUAUCAUACGCUCAUCAGUUGAAGCAUUAAAAAUGAUACCUGCAAAUGAUAAAUGUGUUGAUUGUGGUGCUCCUGGACCAGAAUUGGCUUCUUUAAAUCUUGGAAUCCUUAUAUGCAUUGAAUGCCACAAUUAACAAAGAUGAGGAGGAACUGAAAAGAGAGCAUCUGCAUGAGUUUUUCUUGGUUUAGCGAAUAUGCCAGGAACUGAAGUAUUGAAUUUCAAGCUCUCUCUCCAAAAAAUCUUUAUUGUGCAUUUGAUGCAAGUAUCUUCCAACUGUAAUGGAUUCUUCCAAGGUAUGAUGCUGGGAUUGGAUUUCAUAUCAUGGGAAACUCAUACAAGUUAUACAAACAAAGAAGCGCAGCGAGACUGGGUAGGGAUUUGAAUCCAUCUCUUCGAAGAGCUGAACAGCAUGAAGUCCGCCAUUUUAGAGAUGAACCUGUAGAAGUGAUAGCAAUGGGUAAGAAGAGCUGCUGUCCCGAUCGUAUCCCCACACUGAAUGUAAUUAAGAAAAUAAGGCGUCUGUUUAUCGUUGCCUGACAUUGAGACUACACUUCAUGUUCUGGUUUCUUGAUUAUGUUCUCAAGGGAUUUUGGAAUGAAUCCGCUUUUACUCUUAAUACUUGGCUUAUUUUUUUGGUGCAUCGACUUUUUUGGACUCUGUUGGCUGUUGUAUACUUUACGAUAAUAUAGCUAUUUUUGAAGGAAGGCUUAAAUGUAUUAGUAGCUUUUACCUUCUGAAUUUUUUUAGA